UAUCUAGAUACAACCUUCGUAUAUAUAAGUGUGAUUGUAGAAGCUUUUCUUUUGCAUAUGCCAGAGCCGAUGCUGUCAUACUGCUGCAUUAGGCUUCCUAAAUUGAAGUCGAAUUAUUACCCAAAUCAUCGAUUCAGAUUUCUGACUGCUCAGGUUGGCGAAGAUUCUCAAACUCAAAGACCUCUGGUGCACGAACUCGUUUUGCGCGAUCACUUAAGCAGAAUAUGCUUGCAAGAAUGCAGGAAAAUCCAAGCCCGCCAACUGCUCGACCAAAUGCCGCAAAGACUCGAUAUUUCCUUGAAGACAGCGAAAACAGCCCAUGCCAAAAGCUUAAGAGUUGGGGUUUCAUCACACCCGAAAUUGGGGAAUUCCAUCUUGGAUUUGUAUUCCAAAUGUGGGCACACAGAUUACGCGGAGAAGGUGUUCUUACACCUCGAGAGAAGGGAUGAGAUGGCUUGGAAUUCGAUUAUGGUUAUGAAAUCUAGAAAAGGGUUGUUUAAGGAUGUCCGGGAGGGUUUUGGAUCGAUGUGGAGGUCAGGGGUAAAAGGCAAUGUAUUCAGUUUUGCGAUUGUUUCCUCAGCUUGUGCUAAAUUGAUGGAUUUGGAGCUUGGUAAGCAAGUGCAUUGUGCUGUAAUGAAAUUAGGGUUUGAAGUUGAUGCAUAUUGUGAGGUAGCAUUGAUUGAUAUGUAUGCCAAGUGUGGCCAUUUGAUUCUAGCUAAGAGGAUAUUCGAUAAUUCGUCAAAACCCGAUGCAGUUUCAUGGACUGCUAUGAUCUCAGGUGUUUCUCAAGCCGGCAUGGCAAAAGAGGCGAUGGAAUUAUUCAAUCAGAUGCAAAAACUCAGUCUUGUUCCAGAUCAUGUCGUGUUCGUGACUGUAUUGAGUGCUUGUGUGAGGCAAGGAAGGCUAGAGGAUGCUCGUCAUCUGUUUUCACAAAUGCCUAGUGCUAAUAUUGUGGCAUGGAAUGUAAUGAUUUCAGGGCAUGUAAAAAGUGGUAAUGAGGAACAGGCUAUCGAGUUUUUCAGAAAAAUGAUUGAAUCAGGCAUCAAACCGACGCGUUCUACGGUAGGGAGUGUAUUGAGUGCAGUCGCAACUUUAGCUAAUCAUGAAUAUGGACUGCAGGUCCAUUGUUGGGCGGCGAAGCAGGGGCUCGACUCAAAUGUGUAUGCAGGGAGUGGCUUAGUUAACAUGUAUGCUAAGUGUAGAAAACUCGAUGCUGCAAGAGCGGUGUUUGAUCGAUUGGACGAGAAAAAUGAUGUCUUGUGGAAUGCAUUGCUCGGAGGUUAUGCGCAAAAUGGGCGUGCUCAUGAGGUUUUGGAGUUAUUUGCAGACAUGAAAAGAUCAGGAUUUCAACCUGAUGAGUUUACCUACACUAGUGUGCUGAGUUCGUGUGCGUGCUUAGGAGAUAUUGACAUGGGGCGUCGAUUACAUUCAGUCAUCAUUAAAAAUGAGUAUGGAGUGAAUUUAUAUGUCCAAAAUGCAUUAUUGGAUAUGUAUGCAAAAUGUGGGGAUCUAUUCGAUGCAAGAAAGUUAUUUGAGGGGAUAGGAGAGCGCGAUCGUGUUUCUUGGAAUGCAAUAAUCGUCGGGUAUGUUCAAGAAGAUCAAGAACAAGAAGCUUUAUCUUUGUUUCUCCGAAUGAUGUCGGAGGGAAUCGUGCCUGAUGAGGUUUCUUUAUCGAGCACACUCAGUGCUACGGCGAAAUUGCGAGAUCUUUCCACAGGUAUUCAAUUACAUUGUCUUUUGGUUAAGUAUGGUCUAGAGAAAGGUCUUUACGCCGCGGGAUCGCUCAUCGACAUGUAUUGCAAGUGUGGAGAAGUCGAAGCUGCGGAUUCGGUAUUUUCCAGCAUGCCCAAGAGAAAUGUAGUUUGUGUUAAUGCUUUAAUUUCGGGUCAUACCGAAUCCAGCUUACAAGAGGCCGUAAAUAUAUUCAAGCGCAUGCUUUGGGAUGAACUGCAGCCUUCGGAAGUCACUUUUGCUACUCUUCUCGAGGCAUGUUCUGGUGACACUCACUUGCAUUUCGGAGUGCAACUUCACUGCUUCGUCGUGAAGCUUGGCUUCUCAUUUGUCGACGAAUAUUUAUCUGUCUCGCUCUUGGGUAUGUAUGUGAGUUCUCAAAGAGAUACAGAUGCAGUUAAUCUUUUCUCCGAGCUCCCCGACACGAAAAGCACCGUAAUAUGGACUGUUCUGAUAUCAGGAAGUGCUCAAAACGACCAUUGUCCAGAAGCCUUACAUUGGUACAGAAGAAUGUGCAGCCACGGCGUCAAGCCUGACCAGGCGACAUUUGUUAGUGUCCUCCGAGCAUGCUCGGUUUUAGCUUCGUUAGAGGAUGGUAGGAAGAUCCACGCAUUCGUAUUACAUGUUGGUUAUGAUCGAGACGAGCUGACAGGAAGUGCGCUGGUGGAUAUGUACGCGAAGUGCGGGGAUAUGAAUAGUUCGACACAAGUAUUCGGGGAAAUGAUCAGCAAGAAAGAUGUUAUUUCAUGGAACUCGAUGAUUGUUGGAUACGCAAAAAAUGGUUACGCUAAAAGUGCUCUCAAGAUUUUUAAUGAGAUGAAGCGCGCCGGCGUACGACCAGAUGAAGUUACAUUCCUUGGCGUCUUAACUGCGUGUAGUCACGCAGGAAUGAUACCCGAAGGUCGAGAGUUGUACGAGAGUAUGAUUAAUGAUUACAGGAUUCAACCACGGCCAGAUCAUUGUGCCUGCAUGAUCGAUCUUUUUGGGCGUUGGGGAUUUCUCGAAGAGGCAGAGAAGUUUAUGGAAAACAUGGCUGUUAAGCCUGAUUCGAUGAUAUUGGCGGCGUAUCUUAACGCAUGUAGAUUGCAUGGAGAUGACGUAAGGGGGCAAAGCGCAGCCGAAAGGCUUAUUGAGUUGGAACCUCAGAGUUCUUCUUACUAUGUUCUGCUCUCGCAUAUGCACGCAGCGUCAGGCAAUUGGGACGGCGUCGAUGUCGUGAGGAAAAUGAUGGCAGAUAAAGGAGUUAAGAAAUUUUCCGGGAGCAGUAAAAUUUCCAUGGAUGCCGUGGGAUAAGUCUGCCUGGAUCGACACAAACUACGCCUGGAUCGACUUCCUUUUAUAUCGAUUCAUCUUCACUCAUAGUGAUUUGCAAGUUUCGAUUGUGAAAAGAAUAGAUUUGCUCAUUGACGAUGUACUGGGAAAGGAAA